GAUGGAAUUAAGUGAUAACCGAAAAUCAGAGUGAUGUUUGUAGAGCAUUUUACUGAUGGAAUAUAAAAUUUUACGUUCGUUUUUUAUGCGCUUUAACAAAGACAAACUCUUCAAUAUAUGUGAAGAGAACGAAAUACCAGGGAAAUUUAAGAAAUCAUCUACAAAGGAUUAUUUAACCAGGCUUCUAGUUGAGCAUACCAUGAGUGGCAAGUUGUCGUUGAGAAAACUUGAAAUAUUGGAUAUACGUUAUUAUCAUAGCAGUUCAAAUAAGAAAUGGAAUGUUUAUGAGUUGAAUGAAAUAGACAAGGACAAGCAUUUUAUCUUGAAUGACCCAGAAGGAUUUGAAGGUCUCGUUAGUAAAGAAUUAAAAAGUUAUUUAAACUGUAAAGUGUGUGUGGUAGCACAGAACAACAAGUUAUUGACAAGGAUUGCUGUCUGGAAUGAAAACGUCAACCAACUUAUUUCAUCAAGCUCAACUUUUUACAUGAUUCAUAUUCCUGGCUCUUCUUACUUAUUUGUGUCUACAGUAAAAGUUGCUUACAAAACAUACUUCUUCAAGGCCCUUGAGAAUGUAUUUGGUUGCAAGACUUUGAAAGAAAUAGAUCUUAAAGGAAAAAAAGUUGGUCCUCUUUGUGAUCUGGUCUUGAAUAAAAACAGUCAGGGUGCAUUUAGUCACUUCAGAUUGAAUCAAGUUGAUGGAAAUCCUCUCUCUCGAAAGCGAAAGAGAGACUCUGGUGAAGACAGUGACAUUGAGAAUAAUGCAAGAGCCUUUAACGAACAGAAGAGCAAGGACGACAAGAUUAAAACACAAACAGUAAAGAUGUUUGGUUCUAAUCCACAACCUGCAUUGGAGAAAGUAGAAUAUAAGAUGACCACACGAUUUAAAGGCGGAGAUUAUGUGAAAGAUAGCGAAGAGUCAGUGAACUGCUUCGUUACUUUCAAAGGAAGCAACGUUCUUGAAGGAAUGAAGAAGUUAUGUGAAUAUGGUCUUGCAUCGCAGCCAUUACCAUCUCAUGUCAGAAAUAUUCAUUCUUCAUCAAGAAAUUAUUUCAUUUUAACUGAUAAGAAGAGAGCAAAACAAAACUGAGACUCUGGGUUACCCAACGGGGACCUCAGGAUAUGGUUGGUGGUUUAAUGCGAUAUUACAUGAAGAUAAACUAAAGGAAGCAUCACCAGUAUUUUUAAUACAUAACCUAGUUAAGUAUGACUAUAUUUUGUAUAUAUUAAAUUUUUAUAAAGAAAAGUUUUGUUAGAUGUCA